CUCCCCGUGCUCGCCUCCUCAUUGGCUACUGUACGCGUUCGUGCUCCACGAUUGGCCGCGCGGCCUGGUUGUCAAGGCUUUCGGGGGCUUCAUUCACCAUUUUGCGACUGUAGAGUAGAAUAUAUAGGGCAGUAGUUUUUUCCCCUCUCCUCCGUUUUUAAGUUGGAGAAACAUGAACGGCGUACGCUGGAAGUGUUGAAGCAGCAGCAGGCCCUAUUUGACCCGGCGGACUCGGCGGAGGAGCGAACACACCCGGUACUGCUGCUGCUGCUGCUACUGAACCAAAGCUCCGAGUCUCUGGAAUAAAGUGGACAAGUGCCGAAGUCGCUCGCGACAAAGACAAGACAGGAUGAGAGAGAGGGGCCUUGGCAGAGGAUAAUCAAAAGAAAGGAAAAGGAGGGGGAAGAAGAAAAAACUGAGCAGAGCAAAGAGAGGAUCGCCAAGGAGAAUCUUUGAAAUAAAUAAAUAAAACGACUUGUUUGGGCAAACGCAGGCUAGAUGAAAAGAUGAAGCCGAUUAAAAAGCAGGGAAGAUGCUCUCCUCCCUCGACCCGGGCCAAAGGAGGGAAGCGUCGUGGAGCAGGUGAUGCCCCAGAAGGAGGUGAGAAGAGAGACUCUGAUGAGAGCAGAGACAGAAGCAGAUCCCCACAAAAUACAACUCCAUCCUCUUUUUCUCCUAAUUCACACUCAGAGUCCUACCAGGUGGACCCAAUCAGAGGACAGGAUGCUGCAGAGAGGGAAGGUCUCCACAGAGAGCGGCUGUUAGAGACAACAGCCUCGCUUGUGAUGGAGUCUGAGAAACUGUUGACACCCUUAGAUGAUCGAUCAGGGAGGUCCGCUGUGAGUGUUGGCAGCCACAGUGACAGCAGUGGUAGCAGCUGCAGUAACAGUAGUACACCAAGUGCCAACAACAGCCCAAACCCCGCCUCCAGCCGCAAAACAGCCACCUUCAAGGCCCGUGUUCCCAAGAAGAAGUACACCUCUGAACACUGCUUGUCUACUUCUGCUGGAAAUCAUAGCAACUCUGCCUGCAGCACACCCCCUCCUCUUACUUUGAGCACUGGGGUUUUCAACCACGGGUCAAACAGUUUAGUUGGUGACAUUGGCAACUCGCAACAUGAUGGCGGUGGUCAGAGUAGAACCCUGAUGGAUGACUUCCACAGCAGAACACCUGGCAGAGAGGAGACUCAUAACAGCUCCCCAGGACCCCCCACUCUGUCACUGGGAGUGGAGAGAGAGAGAUCGGCAGGAGGUGAGGGAGUGAGAGAAGAGAGAGUGUCCCCCCCUCUGCCCCGCUGUUCCUCAACAGACACGGCCAGCGAGCACUCAGCUGACCUGGAGGUGGCCGGUGACACACAUGCCAUCACACAGAUGUCUGCGCAUGCACCAUCCAGUCUCCCUGAUGCUCUGUCAGACGCCUUGGCAAAAGGGCUGAAAAAUCAACGCGUCCUUGCCCGCCAACUCAGGAGAAGAAGUGACGAAGAAGGAGGUGAAAGGAGGAAUGAUGGGGGGAUUUCAGGCUUGGUAUUCCGAGCUGGGGUUGUCCGUAAGGUUAGCGGUGAAUUUGGAAGCCUGGAGGUGCAACUGAACGGAGAGAAGAUGCUGUGUCGCUAUCCAUAUCGACACAAUAGCCCGCCAGGAGUGGUGGACAUUAUCCUUGAUGCCCCACCACCUGGUGUGCAUCCUAUACCUAUUGGCACCCAUGUUUGCGUACCAUUUGGCAAUGAGGAAGGCUGUGAAGGUCAGUGGCAGUUGUACCGAGAAGGUGUUGUGACCCAGGUAGACACACACCCUGCAGUGGCCAACCGUUACCGUGUCCUGCUGUCUGAGGAAAGACCACUCUCUGUGGACGAGGAAGAAGAUGGCAGAGGGACAGUUGGCGGUACCCAGGCAGUGUGGGUCUCCCGACAAACACUCCGUCUUCUGGUGCCACCAUGGGACCUGGGUCUGCCAUCUGGAGGAGGACGAGAGGUGGAGGAGAGAGUCAGAGAAAAAGAAAGGGAGCGGGAGGACAGGGAGGAGGUGGAUGUGGAGCAGGAAGUGUGUCGUUUGAGCCGAGGGAUGACCCCAGGAGUGGGGCCAGUGUUGGGGAGAGGGAUGCCUUACCCAGGCAUGGUCCCUGUUUCAUCCACAUCAGCUCACAGUAUUACCUCCCCUGUAACUCCUGCAUCAGUCCUCAGCCUGGUACCUGGCCGGGAGUGGGAAAUUGAGAAAGAUUUGGAGAGGGAGCGAGACCGCCACAGAAAACAGGAAAGAGAGAGGGAACGAGAGCGAGAACGGGAGAACAGUAUAAAACAACAGCAUCACCAACAGCAGCAGCAGCAUCACCCUUACAUGCCACUUACUCCUGAAGAAGACAUGGAGGUGUCACACUUCAACAUGGUCCCAAUGGGGCCACUCAUACCUGGGGCCAAACCAGUCGCAGUUCCUCAACACCGCCACAUUGUUUCUAAGCCCCCGCCUGGCUACCUCAAUCCCCACCUGUCUGUAGUGCGGGGUAUUGGGAUUCCUUCUACCCAGCUGGCCUUGAACCCCCAUCCUCCUCCUUCCCCUGUGCUGUUAGGGCUUGACCCAGCAACUGCAGCAGCUGCAGCAGCUGGUGUUGUCAUCACGACCCCCCAGCUCCCGCCUCUCCCUCCCAUGUCCUCCUCCAAUACAUCCUCCUCCAGAGCUGAGAAGGCAUCAGGAGGAGGUUCUAACAAUGGAGGAGCAGGUGGUGGGGGAUCCGGAUCAGGUUCCACCUCCUCUUCCUCCUCACGUUCCCGCACCCCACUGACAGCAGCCCAGCAAAAGUACAAGAAGGGAGAUGUGGUUUGCACGCCAACAGGUAUUCGCAAGAAGUUCAAUGGUAAGCAGUGGAGGAGACUUUGCUCACGGGAGGGCUGUUCUAAAGAGUCUCAGCGCCGAGGAUACUGUUCCAGACACCUGUCAAUGAGGACCAAGGAGAUGGAAGCCAGUGGAGGAAGUCGGGAUCGAGGUGGAGCCAGCAGCACAGGGACUCUUACGCCGUCUGACCUCCGACUGAGUGGCGGAAGAGCGAGUUCAGAUUUUGACUGGGAUGAGACUUCACGGGAAAGCAGCGAGGCCAGCAGUCGGGGAGGAGACUCACGCCCCCGCCUAGUUCUUCCAUCUUUGCUCCCCCAUGACCUCUCUCGCUUUGACUUUGACGAGUGUGAGGCAGCGACCAUGCUGGUUUCCCUGGGAGGCUCCCGCUCAGUCACACCUUCAUACUCCCCCAUCUCAAACCAGUCACCCUUUUCCCCUACACCAUCGCCCUCACCUUCUCCGCACUUUACCUUCCGCCCUGCCAAUUUCAGCCCCAUAAAUCCUCCCUCACUUACUCCACGUCGCAAUCGCCAGCUUAGUGGCACAAAGAUGGGUACACCAGGUGCUGAGCGAGAGCGCCACCUUUCAGGGAUUGUCCCCACUUUUCAGACCAACCUCACUUUUACAGUCCCCAUGAGCCCCAGCAAGAGAAAGCUCGACACACACCCACCACCUCCACUGCCUACAGUCCAGGACUACCAAACCAAACCUGAGCAACAACAGCUAGUGGGUGUAGCUGGAGGUGUGGUGGGAGAACCACCCCUGGGCCACAGCCCUGCUGCCUUCAGAGUCCUGUCCCCCCAGAGUCAGCCAACUACUCCCUCCUCACUGUCCUUCCCACGAUCCCGUAGUGCCACCAGCAGGCCACCAUCCUCUGCUGCCUCUACACCUCCACCCAUGUUGGUCUCUCCCACUCCUCCCUCCCCGCUGCCUCAGGAACCCUCACCACGCCGCAUUGUUCCCCUCCGUGAUUCCCCAGUCAUUGUCCGCAACCCAGAUGUUCCCUUGGCCAAGUUCUCUGAUGGCCCAUUAGGGAGGAGAGAGAGAAGCAGGUCGAGGGAACACAGCCAGUCUCAGCACGCAGCUCCCCCAGGCCUGCAGGCUCCCGUCCCCAUUAACGGGGCAACCACACUCGUCCUGGUCACCUCCAGCUCGUCUCUGACUCCAGCCACAGUGGGCCACACUUCCCUGUCCAGCCCCUCCACCCUAGGUUCCAUGGCCAUGUCAUCUGGAUCAGUCCUUUCCUCCUCUGGUUCUGGAGGCAGAGAGAGGGAGAGGAAACCUGAGGGACCCCAGGACACCUCUGGGGGAGCGCUGCCACAGCCGGUCGCCUGUCACCCCACACCCACCGCCCUGCUGCCGCUCAUACUGCCAGCUGAGUCGGCUCACCCUGCUCCACGCAAGCAAAUCAUCAUGGGUCGCCCAGGAACUGUUUGGACCAACGUGGAGCCUCGGUCAGUGCCAGUGUUCCCUUGGCAUUCACUCGUCCCUUUCCUGGAACCCAGCCAAUCAGGAGCGGCUGCCCAGCCUGCUGAUGGCCAGCAGCUUGUCAGUCAGAACAAAGAGCCUCCACAGGACCUAGAGAGGGGAUCGCCUUCAUGUCCUCCCUCGACUAAUGACAAUCCUUCUACAGACAGAGGUGGCGCUGACAGCGAGACGGAGAGUGACACAGAUGACCCUUUCUCCCCGGGUGUGGCAAAUGAAGCAGCGCCCUCCACUGGCCCCAUCAAGAGACGCACACAGUCCCUCAGCGCCCUGCCCAAGGACGGAGACAGGAAGAGGGAAAAGGACCACAUCCGCCGCCCCAUGAAUGCCUUCAUGAUUUUCAGUAAACGUCAUCGUGCCCUGGUGCACCAGCGACAUCCCAACCAGGACAACCGCACAGUCAGCAAGAUCCUCGGGGAGUGGUGGUACGCGCUGGGGCCCAACGAGAAGCAGCAGUACCACGAUCUGGCCUUCCAGGUGAAGGAGGCCCACUUCAGAGCCCAUCCAGACUGGAAGUGGUGCAAUAAAGACCGCAGGAAGUCGCUGUCAGAGGGUCGCGGGACCCCAAAGGACCAGCGGGAGAGGAGCAUGUCUGAGAGCAUUGAUCCCCUGACAGAGUCCCAGACGGUAGAGGAGAAGGAGGGAGGCCCGGGCUGGCCGGGGGGUUCUGAGCGUCGUGGGGGACAGUUUGCGGGGCAUCUAUCACGUCCCAGAGCCUAUUCCCAGAGUGCUGUACACACCCUCGAGCAGAGGCAGAGGGAGAGAGACUUGGAAAAGGAGGAGGGGGCAAAUUUGUUUCGCAGCCGGGCCCCGCCCCAGUCUCUGUACCAGGGUGGGGCCAGUGAGGACAUGACCAGUGAUGAAGAGCACAUGGUCAUCUGCGAGGAAGAGGGAGACGAUGAUGUGAUGGAAGAUUCAUGUCCUGAAGGCUCCAUCGACCUCAAGUGUAAAGAGAGAGUGACAGACAGUGAUGAGGACGAACCAGAUGGACAGCAUGGCUUACAGCCAGUGUCCCGGCCCUCCCUCUCCUCCUCUUCUCCCUCCAUCCCUCACUCCGACUCCACCUCAUCUCAAGGAAACAGCGCAGCAGGAGGUGGAGGAGGUGCUGAAGAUGGUUCUGAAAGAAAGAGAGGCACAGAUGGAGGAGAGGAGGGGAGAGAGGGAGGACCCAAGAGAGAAGAGACAGCCGCAGGUAGAGGAGAGGGAGGUUGUGGAGGACAGGGAGUCUCCUCAUUGACAUCCAGCGCUGCAGCUCCCAUCACUUUAGCCCAGCAGAGUCUGACCCAGGUCCACAGCACUAUCCGCAUGGCUCCCACAAUGGUGACCAAUGUGGUACGACCCAUUGCCAGCACACCUAUCCCCAUUGCCAGCAAGCCAGUGGAGGGAGCCGUCACCCUCAGCGCCAUACCCCAGGACAAGAAAGCCACUAUCCUGAUUGGAGGAGGUGGAGCUCAGCAACUGCCAAUCACCGUAGGGGGUGGGUACCUGUCCUCGUCCUCCUCUCCUGGUCCAGUCAGUGUAACUCCUGUGGGUGGUAGCAGCCUGGUCACUAACCUAGUUCUGGGAGGGUCCUUUCCUCCUGCCCACCCUGUGCAGGUCCUCAACCCACAACCCACUCAGCCACACACACAGAUCCCCCUCCCCGUCCUCCAGCCCCAGCUCCACCCCUCCGGCUCCAAGCCACUAACGCAGGUCCAGUACAUCCUGCCCACCGAGAGCCCCUCCUCCCCUCUACUCACCCACCAGCAAAUCCUCUCCCUGCCCAACAAUGCCGCCCUGGCUAAUGGCGUGCACUCGGGGGCGGGAAUCAGAGUCAGCCCCGGGACCAGAGUCCAAACCCAGUCGCCGGUCUUGCAGAGCAAGAUGUUGGUUCCCAUGGCAACAGUAAGAACAGGGUCUACUUCUCCUCAUCCUUCCAUCUCCCUCGUGGCACCGCCUCUUCCUGUGCAGAACGGCCCCACAACAGGAAACAAGAUCAUCCAGAUCGCUCCCAUGCCUGUGGUCCAGACCAAUGUUCACUCCAGCAGCACAGCAACAGUGCAUCCGGGUAGCCCCUUUCCUGUUUCCCUGGCAACGAUGGUGGCUCCGGGAGCCGUUCCCCCACAGACCGUUCUUCUGACCUCCCCACCCACCAGGAUCACAUACGUCCAGUCCGGCCCUGGGGUUACCACAGCAACGCCCCAACAGGCCACACCCACUCAGGGCCCUGCGUAUCUCCCAGCAACUCUGGGCUUCACUGCCAUCGCCCCAGGCGGGCAAACUCUGGUCCAGCCGAUCGUUGGUCAGUCACCACUGCUUGCUCCGGCUCCACCGCUGAGCUGUCAAUCACAGAUUUCCCCUGGCCAGACCGCAGCAACCGCUGGCCGUCAGGUACUAACUGCCAUUUACCCAGCACCGACUGUUGCACUCGCCUCUGGCGUGGUCUCCAUUACCACCGUACCACCUGCAGUCGGAGCUCCAGCUUCAGCCCAAGAUGUCACCAACCCGUCUUCUCCGUUAGCAACGGAGGUGCAGAGCUCAGCGAUGGCUAUAUCUCUGCCCAGCAUGGCAGUGGACGUGAAGCCAAAGGUGGAGGUGAAGAGGGAGAAUCAGGUGGAUGCUGAAACGGAUGAGGACGGAGGGCAGGAGACUUUGGGGGCCACACGUAUGAACAACAUUGUUACAGUAAAAAAAGAGGAGGACGUCAUUGGGCUAUACAUCAAGGAGGAAAAUAUGAGAGACGGCUACAGCAAAGAGAAACCAAGUGAAAUGAAUGCAGAGCGAGAGAGAGGGAUGAAGGAGAUGGGUGAAAAGAAGAAAGGCAGAGAGAUGGACAGAGAGGACCACGGCAUCGGAGACAGUAGCAGCAGCAGCAGCAAAGAGGCUGGACCUUGUUCUCCUCCUACACUACCCUCAGGUUUGGACCCCCUUCCUCCUCCUCCCAGUGCAGAGAGAGACCCCCCCUCUUCCUCGAAGAAGACCAAGUUUCGUCCCCCGCCGCUCAAAAAGACUCCAGACUCCCAUGACAAGGUCUUGUCGGAGACGUACUUCGAGGAGCGCUUAGCUGAACUUCCAGAGUUUAAUCCAGAGGAGGUUCUUCCCUCGCCCACUCUGCAGAGUCUGGCCACCUCGCCCAGAGCCAUCCUGGGAAGCUACCGCAAGAAGAGACGCAACUCCACCGAGCUGGAGCUGACGGCUGACGACCCCAGCUCCCCGAGGAGAAAGACUCGACGUCUGUCCAGCUGCAGCUCGGAGCCCAACACCCCCAAGAGCGCCGCCAAGUGUGAGGGAGACAUCUUUACCUUUGACAGAGCAGGCACGGAGGGGGAGGAUCUUUUAGGAGACUUGGACAGGGUUCCUUACUCGUCUCUGCGCCGAACUCUGGAUCAGCGGCGGGCUCUGGUCAUGCAGUUGUUUCAGGAACAUGGCUUCUUUCCAUCAGCUCAGGCCACCGCUGCCUUUCAGGCUCGCUACUCUGACACGUUCCCCACCAAAAUGUGUCUGCAGCUGAAGAUCCGUGAGGUGCGUCAGAAGAUCAUGCAGACAGCGACGCCCGGAACCCUUGAGCUUGGAGUCUCGGCUGAAGCGGCGAACGCCGCCUCGUCCCUCAGCUCCUCUUUCAAUCAAUCAGCCAAGGAGGAUGGAGGGGCGGAGCAACAUGGAGACAGAAGCCGGAGCCCAGAGGAGCCGAAAAGCGAAGGAUCAUAAAGCUGGAGAGGAUGACGGAGUCGAAAUAUCAAAGACAAGAAGACCCAGAGAGAAAGAGGAGUGUGUCAUUCCCUCAGAAUGUUCCUGUAUGUGUUGAAGCAGUUUGAAGGAUGACUGACUCCAGCACGACCUGUUCUACUAAUCUCCACCAGACCUGGGCAGAAACAUAUUUGAAUAUCGUCACAAACAUUAAACAUUCAAGCGACUCGAGGUGCUUGAAAUCAACGCCUCAAAACUGGACAAAAUCACGUAAAUGUCCUGAUGAGUCAAGUUCUUCUUGUCAUGUCGUCGUUUUGCCCCCCCUUUCUUUUCUCUCAAAUAGCCCAGGUCUGCUCUCAGCACAUUUGUACAGUAGUUUGUAGUUUGACACACAAACUCCCUGGUGCACACACACAAACCAUGAUAAUCUCCAGCACGCACACACACGCACACACACGCACACACACAUCCUUACCAAAUCAGACUGUUACUCUUGGUGGGACGAUCCCCAGGAUCAUCGACACACAAAGGCACUUUGUCACUUAUUAUUGUGCAGAUGCAGUUUGCUGUUGCCAGCCAACCAGCCCUCAGAUGCCAUUGACUCGACCUCCUUCUCGCUCCUUCCACUCCUCAGCACAGUGGUCGGGACGCAAACACAACCCCAACGACCUCCACUGCUAUUCCACAGCCCCUCAAUGCUGCAAGACAGACAGCACACACACACACACACACACACA